AUGGAUGUCAUUGAUAUGACAGACAUUGACGGAGAAUGGAAAUUCUGGCAUAGUGUUCAUCAUCUGAUGCUCCGGGAACUCUGCACCAGGCCACGGGACAGUCGAUCGAAGGCUUCCGGCAAGAAAAAACUGCAGCUCCUGGGUGUUUUAUGUGUUCAAUUGGCAACUCAUCCUUGUCGGCUGACAGUGAGGUGCCUCAACUUGGAUAACAACUUGGAUAACAACCGAGCCAAGAGCUCAAGUCUUUUACGAGGUGGCCACAUCGUGCCUUCAUCCAUUGCUGUUGCCUAUCAACAAGUGCAGGGCUCAUCGACCAGUCUUGGUGGUUCAACGAUGAAUUAUGGCUACGGUCAAGACGACACUUCUGAUGGAAUGGAUUUGUCGAUUUCAUACAAUGGAGAUCAAAUAGAAGAUCAAUACUUCAAAGGU